CCACAUUUACCUUGUUUGGCAAGCAAGAAGAAAAAAAAAGCAAAAUUUCCCUCAACUAGGCCCCUGCUGAUUUCUAGACCACAAAAAACCCUCUUCCCCACAACCAUAAUAUCUCUCCACGUCUCCCCUUUUCCCAAGGCCACAUCUUUUUCUUCAACAAACCCAAAAUUUUCAAAUCAAAUCACCACCGACUCCCUCAGGAAAAACACACUGAGAUCAAUUUCAGAAGCUCAUCAUUCAACAAUGGCGAAGAAAGAGAUGGAUGUUAUGAAGGGUGUUGAUCUUAAGAGGUAUAUGGGUCGGUGGUAUGAAAUAGCCUCAUUUCCUUCUAGGUUUCAGCCCAAAAAUGGAGCUAAUACCCGAGCGACCUACACCCUGAGAGAUGAGAGGACGGUGAAUGUUCUAAAUGAGACAUGGGUUGAUGGUAAGAGGGGUUUCAUUGAAGGCACUGCUGUUAAAGAUAAUCCUGAUAGUGAUGAAGCCAAGCUUAAAGUUAAAUUCUAUGUUCCUCCAUUCCUGCCUAUCAUUCCUGUUGUUGGUGAUUACUGGGUUUUGUAUCUUGAUCAUGAUUAUCACCAUGCUUUGAUUGGCCAGCCUAGCAGAAACUAUCUAUGGAUAUUGUGCAGGCAGAAUCAUUUGGAUGAGGAGAUAUAUAAUCAAUUGGUGGAGAAAGCUAAGGAACAGGGUUAUGAUGUGAGCAAGCUUCGUAGGACAACACAUACUGAUCCUCCACCAGAAGGAGAUGAAGGUCCCAAAGAUACUAAAGGAGUAUGGUGGAUCAAAUCAAUCUUUGGAAAAUGAUCAAGAAACAUUCCAAGUCUCUUUCCUGUGGAAGUGUCACACUCAAGAACCUUAUUCAAAUUAAGAGAAGCAAAGAAGAGAUGCAAGGGUUGAGAGAUAAGAAGGUAUAUAAAGAGUCUCCAGUUUGGGUACUCUUUAAUUUGGCAAACAAUGUGAGAGCUUCAUACAAGAACGGGCAAAAGCAACCCACGAAUUAACAUGUGGAUACAUCUUUCUCGGCCUUAUGACUAAGAUCAGGUUUAGAAUAUGUCCUUAUCAGUGUAAUAGUACGUUGGUAAAUGUCCUGAGUUCAGCAUGGCUCUUAUCCAUGGCCUCAGGUUUUAAGCACAUACAAAAUUAAAAAAGUUCAAUCAA